AUGCUGGUUCUCAUAUCUGGUGCCACAGGAAGCCUUGGCUUUCGGCUCAUCGACAGUAUCAUAAGCCGGGGCCAUCAAGUCCGGGUUGUUGCCCGCCACCCCGAGAAGAUCAGUGCCGAAAGGUUCGAGAAGCUCGAGGGCUUUGUCAAGGCCAUGUCGUACUACGACAUCCCUGCUAUCGAGAAGGCCUGCGCCGGCGUGGACGCAGUCAUCUGUGCCUACAACGGCGCGCCGUACCUGCAGCUCGAUGGACAGCUCAUCCCCUUGCGUGCGGCCGAGAGGGCCGGCGUGCAACGGUUCCUCGCCUCUAGUUUCUGUGGAGAUUAUCGGGGCAUGCAGCUAGGGGAGCAGGAUUCGUAUGAUGGAUUCAUCUCGUUUGAUGCGCAAGCCCGCAAGUCUUCAAGCAUCAACCCCAAUUACAUUUUCACUGGGGCUCUAGGCGAAGUCUUGUUCGCUACCAAGGACACGAUGGAUUUCUCUACCAAGCACUAUGGCCCCUGGGAGCCGGAGAAUAAGCGGUUCGAGGUCUGGGGAACUGGCGAUGAGAAAUGGCACUGGACUUGUGAACAUGACGCCGCUGAGUUUGCGGCACAGGUCAUCCUCAGAGACGAUGCGGCCGAUGGGGGAUACUGGUGUGUGAGCUCUGGAACCGACAGCUUGAAACAGAUGGCAAAGACCUAUGAACAAGUUAGGGGUGUCCCUGCCAAGCUAGACUUUCUGGGUUCAGUAGAGGAACUUCAUGCACUCGCGCUGGAUGGCCAAAGGGAUGGAUCGCCUAAAGCAAUGUGGGAUUACAUUGGUCGGUUUUACUACUACCACAUUGUGAGUGGAAGAUGGGAUAUGAAAACCUUAGAUAAUGAGAAGCUUGGUGUUUGGGCAACUCCUCUGGAAGACUUCCUUCGAGCAAACCCAGACAUAUAG